AUGAGCGCUCCGAUACUCCCCGUUUAUCUGCAAUGGGUUGCGCAGACCCUCACACCCUACCUGCGCUACGCCUUCAAGCACUUGUUGCGUGACGAUCUCGACAUAGAGCCGUACGUCCAGCGAGCGUUCGAGACCUCUAGCUUCCAGCCCAAAUCCUCUAUCGAUGGCGACGAUCUCUUUUUUGAGCGCGUGUUCUUCGCGAUCGAACGUAGACACCAAGGCCUCCCAGCCGAGCUUAAUGGACUCACGGAUAACCUGCAGCCUCUGGCGAGGUUUCUCAUCCGGCGGGCGCAGCUAAAGGGACCCUACGAGCUGCUGCAUCGCAAUGCGCAGCCCAGUGAAGCAUGGAAGAAGUACGAAAGUGUACGCCUCAUGCAGAUUGCGCCCGAAAAUGCGAGAGCACAGCCGCAAUACCUCCAGCCACGCCAGGCGCCUACGGUACCAGAGCUCAAAAUCAAGCAACACAGCUUCCCUAUUGCAACUCGAUCGCAGCCCGCGCAGUCCAGAAAUACCUCCAACCGUCGUCCAACUACUCAGUCUGGCCUCCCGACUCUCACUAGACCUUCUGGUAUCUCCAAGUCCGUUCCCAAAGCCUCCGCAACUACUACCACACCGGACUGGACCGACACAGCUCAGCUCGCAGCUAGCAUGCCUGCUUUCAAGAGUCUCCCGAAAGCAGAGAAGGUAGCGAAGAUUAUGGAGAUUAACAGGGCUAUAAAGGCCAAGAACCCUACUGCGCUCACGGCGAUGGAUCAGUUCCUCCUUGACCAUGGUGUCGCUAAAGAAGACGUCACUGCGGUGGGAGUAGUAGGGCCCGAUGGUAACAUAGUGAAGCCACCAGGUCAACAAGCGAUAACCGUUCCGGCACCGGGCUAUCCGACUCAUCCGGGUGUGCAUGCGACUCCAUCGGGUAUGCCAGUCUUCGCGCAUCAUCCAGGCUAUUCGAACAUUACGAGUUCGUUCCCUCAACCGUCCUAUAACCCACCAACAAAAUCUGCACCGGCCAGCAAGCGAGGGAGGAAGAAGAAGGAGAAGAAGUGA